AUGCAGUCGCUGCAGGACAAGGCGUCGGAGUGGAGCGGCGUGGCAGCCACCGAUGCCUUCGCCAUCGACGACGUCAACAUAUUCGAGUCCUUCGGCGGCACCCCGCAGCCCUUCGUCGACCUCUCCACCAAUUUCUACACCAGGGUUUAUGAGGACGAGGAGGAGUGGUUUCGGGAGAUAUUCGCGGGGUCGAAGAAGGAAGAUGCCAUCCAGAACCAGUAUGAGUUCCUGAUCCAGCGCAUGGGCGGCCCGCCUGUCUUCUCCCAGAGGAGAGGUAAAGUAGCUCGUGUCUCUUCGUCUUUGACAUGUGGGACUCCGUGUGAUUUACUUAAAUUGGGUGGAAGAAAUGAGGGAUGA